CCACACCGUUCUCCGGCCAAAAAUGGCCGCAGACCUCUGCUCCCGCUCUCCCUCCUUCCUCCUCUCCACAACCGCCACCACCACUCCCCAACGCUCCCUCCCCUCCAAAACCCUCCUCCUUCAUAAACCCAAGCCCAACCUCCGCAUCCUCUCCCAGGCCGCCUCCUCCUCCUCCUCCGCCCCCCAGCUCGGCCACGACCGCCUCUCCAAAGUCCCCAUCUCCCACAUCCGCAACUUCUGCAUCAUCGCCCACAUCGACCACGGCAAGUCCACCCUCGCCGACAAGCUCCUCGCCUCCACCGGCACCGUCCAGAAGCGCGAAAUGAAGGAGCAGUUCCUCGACAACAUGGACCUCGAGCGCGAGCGCGGCAUCACCAUCAAGCUACAGAUCGCCCGCAUGCGCUACCACCAUAACAAAUCCGGCCACCCCUUCUGCCUCAACCUGAUCGACACCCCCGGACACGUGGACUUCAGCUACGAAGUCUCCCGCUCCCUGGCCGCCUGCGAAGGCGCCCUACUAGUGGUCGACGCCUCCCAGGGCGUGGAGGCUCAGACACUGGCCAAUGUGUAGAACAACUUAGAAAUUAUCCCGGUCCUAAACAAGAUCGACCUCCCCGGCGCCGACCCCGAUACGGUUAUGAAGGAGAUUGAGGAGGUCAUUGGAUUGGACUGCAGCAAUGCCAUACUCUGCUCCGCGAAAGAAGGCGUCGGAAUCACCGAGAUAUUGGACGCCAUUGUUGAGAGAGUUCCACCACCGCCUGAUGACUCGGCUGACAAGCCUUUGAGGGCGUUGAUUUUCGACAGCUAUUAUGAUCCCUACCGCGGUGCGAUCGUGUAUUUUCGAGUGAUUGAUGGGAGGAUCAAGAAGGGGGACAGAGUUUACUUCAUGGCGAGUGGGAAGGACUACUAUGCUGAUGGCCUCGGGGUGCUGUCGCCGACGCAGUUUCAAGUUGAGGAGCUUUAUGCAGGCGAGGUGGGGUUCCUUUCGGCUUCUAUAAGGUCCGUGGCGGACGCUAGAGUUGGUGAUACGAUUACACAUUAUGGUAGCAAGGCAGGGAGUUCUUUGCCGGGGUAUGAGGAGGCGACGCCGAUGGUGUUCUGUGGGAUGUUCCCUGUGGAUGCAGACCAGUUUCCGGAGCUGAGGGACGCGCUGGAGAAGCUGCAGCUUAACGAUGCUGCAUUGAAGUUUGAGCCGGAGACGUCGAGUGCUAUGGGGUUUGGGUUUAGGUGUGGCUUCUUGGGGCUUUUGCAUAUGGAGAUUGUGCAGGAGAGGCUGGAGAGGGAGUAUAAUUUGAGCUUGAUUACUACUGCGCCGAGCGUUGUGUAUAAGGUGAACUGUGUGGGUGGGGAGGUUGUGGAAUGCUCGAAUCCGUCUUUGCUUCCUGAGCCUGGGAAGAGGAAGUCGAUUGAGGAGCCUAUUGUGAAGAUUGAGAUGCUUACGCCCAAGGAGUAUAUCGGCCCCCUCAUGGAGUUGGCGCAGGACAGGAGAGCAGAGUUUAAGGAAAUGAAGUUUAUAGCUGAGAAUAGGGCUUCACUUACGUAUGAUUUACCCCUAGCUGAGAUGGUUGGUGAUUUCUUUGACCAGCUCAAGUCCAGAAGCAAGGGUUAUGCUAGCAUGGAGUAUAGUUUACUUGGGUACAAAGAAAGUGAUCUGAUAAGACUUGAUAUACAGAUUAAUGGUGAUCAUGUAGAGCCAUUGUCUACUAUUGUUCACAGGGAUAAGGCAUAUGCUGUGGGGAGGGCUUUGACGCUAAAGCUGAAGGAGCUUAUACCUAGGCAGAUGUUUAAAGUUCCAAUUCAAGCAUGCAUAGGUAGUAAGGUGAUCGCGAGUGAAGCUUUAUCGGCAAUUAGGAAGGAUGUUUUAGCCAAAUGUUAUGGCGGAGACAUUACAAGGAAAAAGAAAUUGCUGAAGAAACAGGCCGAGGGGAAGAAAAGAAUGAAGGCAAUCGGUAAAGUUGAUGUGCCUCAAGAAGCCUUCAUGGCUGUGUUGAAACUUGAAAAGGAGGUAUUAUGAUCAUACAGGUUUAUUGUAGCAGUUAUUUUCAGAAUUCAUUGCACUG